AUGUUAAAAUUGAAAAAUAAUUAUAAGCUCGACAGAGUCAAACGUGAACGUGAUAAGAUAAAAGAAAAUCAUAAGAAAAAACUAGAAAAACUUAAUAAAGGUCCUAUAGGACAAAAUUAUGAAGCAACACAUAAUAAACUUGUUCAUAAUGUAUCAACAUACGUUCUCACUCCAGCUGAAGAGAGACUUCUAUGUCGUGGCUGGAAUUUUUGUAUAAAAAUGUGUCAUCAUCUACAUGAUUAUGCAAAUAAAUAUAUUAGAAAUAUAAAUAAUAAUAAUAUUCGUAAUAUUAGCGAUGAAGAAUUUCAGGCUAUAAAAACAUUGCGUAAUAAUAAACAAAUCAUAAUAAGUCGUGCCGAUAAAGGCAAUGCCAUCGUAGUGAUGGAUAAAAAAGACUGCAUAGAAAAAAAUAAUAAUAUUCUUCAAUUAAAACAGUUUCAACAUACAACUAGAUCUCUACAAAAAGAGAAAGAAGAAGAAAUGAACAAAUAUCUUCGAGAGUUAUAUAAAGAAAAUACUAUAACUAAAGAACUAUUUUAUAGUAUCAGGUCUACAUGUUCGUCGAUAGCUUGCAUGUAUGGACAACCAAAAAUCCAUAAAAAUGGUUAUCCGCUAAGACCUAUUAUAUCAUCAAUAGGGAGUUAUAACUACGAACUCUCUAAAUAUCUAGCAGGCUUAAUAAAAGCCAAUCGCGAAAAUAAGUCAUUUUCAUAUAUAAAAGACUCAUUUGAUCUCGUCAAACAAAUAAGAGAAAUAACUAACGUUCAACAACAAGUAAUGUGUAGCUUCGACGUCGACGCAUUAUACACGAACGUACCAGUAAAAGAGGCCAUAGACAUAGUUGUAGAGUCUAUGGGAAAAUCAAAAACAAUUAAAAACACACCUUUUAAUAAAAAACAAUUUAAAAAAUUGCUUGAACUCGCCGUUUGUAAUGUACCAUUCCGCUUCAUGAAUGAGUACUAUAUACAAUGCGAUGGUGUUGCGAUGGGGUCACCACUCGGACCUAUACUCGCUGAUAUGUUCAUGAGUAAACUAGCAAAUAAACUUAAUAAAUUCUCAAAAAACAAACCACAGGUGUGGUUAAGAUAUGUCGAUGACAUACUAUGUAUUUUUGAUAAUAAACAGAGCAUUGAUAAUGUUCUUGAAAAUGCAGCCGAUCAACUACCUCAAAGUGAAACACUUUUGAGAACUAUUCAUCAACCACCCCAGGAAAAAGAUGAAAGUAUCAACGAAGCAGAAGUUUGGGAAGAUAUCACAGAAUCGCGUUCUAAUAUCAAUGGUGAUAUUAAAUUUAACAAUGUCAACUUUCAUUAUCCGUCUCGAAGAGAUGCACCAGUUCUAUGUAAUCUCUCUGUCGUUGCUCGUGCUGGACAGACAACAGCUCUCGUUGGUUUCAGUGGAUGCGGAAAAAGUACAUGCAUAUCACUUUUUCUUCGUUACUAUGAACCUUCAUCUGGUGAAAUUACGAUCGAUGGUAAACCAAUAACAAACUAUAACGUUCAGCAUCUUCGUGAAAAUAUUGGCGUUGUUAGUCAAGAACCUGUUCUGUUUGGCAUGACUAUCUAUGAAAAUAUUCGUUUUGGUAAAUUAAAUGCAACACAAGAUGAAAUUGAAGAAGCAGCAAGAGAAGCAAAUGCACAUAAUUUUAUCAUGCAAUUACCAGAUAAAUAUGAAACACUCGUUGGAGAACGUGGUAUCCAGUUAAGUGGUGGUGAAAAACAACGAAUUGCAUUAGCUCGAGCUCUUGUAAAAAAGCCUACGUUUCUUUUAUUGGAUGAAGCAACAAGUGCACUCGAUAAUAAUAAUGAAAAAAUUGUUCAAGAAGCACUCGAUCGAGCAUGCAAAGGUCGUACAACUAUUGUUAUUGCUCAUCGUUUGACUACGAUUCGAAAUGCUGAUCAAAUAUAUGUGUUUGACAAGGGAAAUGUGAUUGAGCAAGGUACACAUGACACAUUGAUGGGGAACGAAGGAGGAAAAUAUCAAGAGUUGGUCAAACGACAACAAAUGGAGAAAAUUGAUGAUGAUCAAGAUGAUCCAAUCAAAAUGCAAAAAGCAAAAGAGGAAGAAGAAGAGGCGAUAGCUGAACGAUCUCGUUUAAUUAGCGAUUCACAAGUUAUUGUUGAUGUGCAAAAGCAUACAGCUUUUGCAAUAGCAGGAUCGCAAUUAACACAACGAAUUCGGUCAAAAGCUUUUGGUUGUUUUCUUCGUCAAGAAGUUGCUUAUUUCGAUCGAUCUGAAAAUACUUCUGGUGCGAUUAGUGUUCGUCUUUCUUUUGAUGCAGUCGCCGUUCAAGAAAUGGCUGGCACGCGAUUAGGAGUUAUCUUCGAAUCUCUAGCACUAACGUUUUUUGGCAUUGCUUUUAGUUGUUUCAUGAAUUGGCAACUGACAUUUAUUGUUCUUAUUCCUAUUAUCGCCAUGGCGUUGCUAACUUUUGGAGAAGUGAGCUUACGGGUUUGGCAAGGCAAACAAAAUGAUCCAAUUAUGGGGCAAGCCAGCACCUUAGCUGUUAAAGUUAUUCACAAUAUGCGCACAAUAAAACAGUUGUCGGUGGAAAAGGAAAUUUUACGACAAUACUCUGAUCUCAUUUAUGAAGCAGUUCGAUUGUAUCGUAUGACUGCGAUACCAGUAUCUAUAGCAGGUGGUUUAUACUGGACAAUUGAUGUUUACACUGUGGCAUUUGUCUAUUGGCGUGCUCUCAUUCUUGUUGAAGAGAAGCAGCUGACUUCUCACCAUAUUAUAAUGGUCGUUGCUUAUUCUAUGUUUGCUCUACCAGCAGUAAAAUUAAUUGGCAUGCUUGCAUACCGUAUCGCUGGAUUAGUCUCUUCUGCUCAAUCGUUUUUCAAUUUAUUCGAUCGAAUACCAACUAUUGAUAAUGGAUCUGAUGAAGGGCAAGAAUUAGAUGAUUUUCAUGGAGAUAUUAAAUUCGAUGACGUAAAAUUCAUCUAUCCUACUCGACCAACAUCUGUUGUUCUUAAAAAAUUUCAAUUAAAUAUUAUGCCAAGUCAACGUGUGGCUCUUGUCGGUGGAUCGGGAUGUGGAAAAUCAACAACAAUUCAACUGUUACAACGAUUCUAUGAUGUCAAAGAAGGCCAAAUACUUCUUGAUGGUGUCGAUAUUCGAAAGCUAAAUAUUCAUUGGGUUCGUUUUCAAUUUGGUCUUGUUAGUCAAGAACCAAUUUUAUUUGAUUUAACAAUUGCUGAGAACAUAGCAUAUGGCUUAGAAGAUGUUCCGAUGACUGGCAUUACUGAUGCAGCAAAAAAGUUAACAUUCAUCAAUUUAUUGAACAAUUAUCUGACGUAA